CUUAAGUCCUAAACCAUGAGAGGAUUCGUCGCUCAGAUUUUCGUUUAUACUUGGGCUUUGACUCUUGGCUUCAGCGUGAACCGUACAGAAAGAGACGUGACGUGUGUGGACGUCACCCAGUACCAGCACGGUGGCAUCUGCUGCCUAAACUGCCCAGCGGGUACUUUAGUGAAACAGGCCUGCAGCGCGGCGUUUACGAGGGGGACGUGUGAGCGCUGUGAUUACGACUCCUACACCGAACACGACAACGGACUCCUGAAGUGCCUCCAGUGCACCAAGUGUCACUCAGAUCAGGAGGUGGUGGAGAAGUGCACCACUACCAGGAACACUGAGUGCCAGUGCAGACCAGGUUCCUUCUGUCUGCCCGAUCAUGCAUGUGAGGUCUGCAGGCUGUGCAGCAGAUGUAAAGAUGAUGAAGAGCAGAUAGAGAACUGCACAGCCCACUCGGACACCGUCUGCCAGAAAAAAGACUCUGUGUCCUCCAGUGUGUUAUCAGAAGUGCUCAUCUCGCUCGGGAUCCUCGUGGUCAUAGUGCUGGUCGUCGGAGUCAUUGUCGUCGGCGUCGUCGGCGUCUUGUACCCGAAGACUUUAGCGAAAUGGAAGCGAGCAGUGGCGUCCUGCUGGCCCACAGGAACCGUGAAGGUGUGUAAGGAGAGCGGCGGCGGCGGCUCUGUGGAGGCGACACAGAACAGAAUAAACAGUGCGCUGGAGGAACGAGAGGACGAUCAGCCCUUCCUCAGCGUGCCUCAGCCGGUGAGUGACGAGGAGGAGGACGGAGGGCUCGGCCCGAGCCUCCCCACGACCACGGCCUCGUCCCAAACCAGCUUGCCUGUUUGUGCUCAAGCUAGCGACGCCGGCCUCGCCACAAAUCAGGACUCGCCGCCUCAGCUGCGUAACGCUCGGGAAAAUGAAACACUGCGACGGCUGGUUCCUGUAAACGACGAGUCUCUGAAGAGAAGCUUCGACCUGUUCGGUGAGAUCGACGUGAACUACCACAAGCGUUUCUUCAGGAAACUCGGCCUGAGUGAUAACAGGAUCCACAGCACCGACCACAUGCUGCCCGAGGAUCGAGUGUAUGAGCUGCUGAUGGUCUGGAUGGAGAAGGAGGGAAUGGACGCAGAUUUUAAUCACCUCAUCGAUGUCCUGAUUCAGGAACUGCACCAGAGACUCUCUGCAGAGAACAUCAGGGCUAGAGCUGUGAGCUGGGGUUACUUUCGGUAGGAGGAUGAAUAAAGAACAAUUUUUUAGUACAAUUAUGAAUAAAGAACGAAGGCCUUAGGUCACUUUUAGUAUGAGGAUAAAUGAAAUGAUGCCACCUCAGUAUUUGUUCUUUAUUUAUGUUUUAGUAAAUAAUAGUUUUUAUUCGAGCUCUGUGAACCUUUUGUACAUAUUUAUGAUGGAUGAAUGUUUUUAAU